AUGGCCGUCGCAACCCUGUGCAACCGGCGCGUCGUCUGCAUGCUGCCGCUCUUCUUCUGCGCCAGCGUGUUCUACCCGUACCAGCAGAACAGCAUUAAUGGCAUGAAAUUCAACAUCCGUACCCGCUCCCUCAACGGUGCGCUGUACUGGAUAGCCCAUAUGUUUGGCGGCCUCCUCAUCAGCCUCCUGCUCGACCUGUCGAUGCUCGAGCGGCCCGGCCCCUCCCGCUUCGGCUGGGUGCUCCUAUUUGUUACCGACAUGGCCAGCUGGGACGGCGGGUAUCAGUUCAAGCAAUGGCAGGACUCAUGGCACGCGUAA